GUAGCAACCGCGCUAUAUUUAAGCCUUGGAAACUAACAUCGGCUGCUAUUUAUCCUUCUUUGUAAAUCUCGUUCGGUCAAGAACACUGAAAGAAGUGUGCACGUCUUGUUGACUUCCCUCUUCGUUCUAGGAAUGAUGUUAAAAUGUAACGUCCGGUUUGGCUCAUUCACUUCAGCGCUCGAAUACUUUGUUAUCGGUGGCUGAAAUAAAUGUAUGGAGAGGUUAGAGAAGUUCCAUAUGUGCACCCAUGGUACACCAGUUUUUAAACCUCAAGCUGUAAAAGAUGAUAGAGAAGUCACACUUCCAAAAAAUCUCGCGACCAUUGACAGCUUGCACAGCUUUGAAAAUGACUCUGUAUUAUUGUGGUUGGAAUGGUUGUGGUCAAGUGAAAGGCCACCCCAUUGUUAUAAGUACACCUACUGUUGUAGCUGUCGAUGGGUCCAUAGAGAGUGUCUCAUGUAGUUGGUCAGUUCUUUCCGUUGCUACAAGAAAGUCAUUAAGUAUGACAGGGUUCGUAGGUAAUCAACAUGGCGUUUCCAAACAAAUUACUCUUGGCGAUGGCUCCAAUGCAGUUCAUGUAUCCAGCUGUCUCAAUCAUUCAUUGAUAGUUAAUGACAAAGGCAAAUGCUUCGAUUAUAAUUUGGAAACAGACACAUUACGGCCACUUCCCAAAUUUACGUCUGCAGAAUACACUGAUGAGGAGGCUGAUACUCUUGAUGACACCAUUGUCAGAGUAAGCUGCAGUGACUAUAGCAACCUGGCACUUACAAAGUCAGGAAAAGUGUUUACCAUUCCAUCACCGAUUAGCUUGCCCAAACUAGUGGUGACCAAUGUGUCUUGUGGCAAUGAGCACUGUUUAUUGGUUACUCAAUGUGGAUCGGUUUUCACUUGGGGAAAUGGAAGCCGGGGACAACUUGGACACGGUGAUUUGGAACCAGAGGAAUCUCCUCGUAUUGUUGAUGCAUUGGCAGGAGUUGCAGUUAGCCAAAUUAGCGCAGGAGCAUGGCAUAGCGCCGUGGUGACCUCAAGCGGAGACCUGUACACAUGGGGCUGGGGUAGUGAUGGGCAGCUGGGUAUCAAGGAAGAAGAUGGUGAAGGGAAUGAACAUCCUGCAAAAAGAAGAAAACAAAAAAUAGAUUCACAGCUAUUAGUGGUGGAAGAACGGGAAGAGAAGUUCAGGGGUACUGUUCAGGCAUUCCCUUUGCCUGUGGAAACUCCAGCAGAUGUAGAACAAGUCAGUUGUGGCAGUCGACACACAUUAGUCCUCCUCGUUGACGGGACCAUAUUUGGCUGUGGAUGGAAUGCCUACGGCCAGCUCGCUUGCUCCCCCGACGUGUGCACCAGAAGCCCUGAACUAAGAAAAAUACUGCUGCCAGAUUCGAACACAAGAAUAUCUAGAAUACAGUGUGGAGGCUGGAGCUCUUGUUUUUUUUUGUAGCUGUUGUGGAAAAUAAAAUAAAACCUAAACACUGCCUUUUGAA